AUGCCAAUUGUCAAAAACGUGAGCAGAGCUGUCAACCAGCUGCUUCAAAGCUCUGGCUGUGGAUGUGGGAUUUCCAUAGUGCCUGUUCGAUGUAUUGGAAUCUCGCCCCGCCAGGUGGCCUCUGAUGCUAGCUUUCAUUCAGUGUCUUUUUCUGAGUCUCAUCAUCCUCGGGUGCUAAUUACAGGAGGUCUUGGCCAGCUUGGAGUGGGACUCGCUAAACUUCUAAGGAAACAUUUUGGAAAGAACAAUGUGAUCUUAUCUGACAUUAGAAAGCCUGCAGACAGUGUUUUUUAUAGUGGUCCUUUUAUCUAUUCGGAUAUCUUGGACUACAAGAAUUUACGUGAGAUAGUGGUGAAUAAUCGGAUAACUUGGUUGUUCCAUUAUAGUGCUUUGCUCAGUGCUGUUGGAGAAGCAAAUGUCCCUUUGGCCAGAGCUGUAAAUAUUACUGGUUUACACAAUGUUCUGGAUAUUGCAGCUGAGCAUAAUUUGCGACUCUUUGUUCCCAGCACUAUUGGAGCCUUUGGACCCAGCUCUCCUCGAGAUCCAACUCCUGAUCUCUGCAUUCAGAGACCAAGGACAAUCUAUGGAGUCUCCAAGGUUCAUGCUGAGCUCAUGGGAGAAUACUACCAUUACCGAUAUGGCCUAGACUUUCGAUGCCUAAGGUAUCCAGGAAUUAUAUCUGCUGACUCUCAGCCUGGAGGGGGAACAACUGAUUAUGCUGUCCAGAUUUUCCAUGAUGCCAUAAAAACUGGCAAAUUUCAGUGUAACCUGAAGCCGGACACCCGUCUCCCUAUGAUGUACAUUGACGACUGUCUGAAGGCUACUCUAGAGGUCAUGGAGGCCCCUGCUGAGGCACUGAGCAUGAGGACAUACAACAUCAGUGCCAUGAGUUUCACUCCUGAAGAGCUGGCACAAGAGGUGCAGAAGCAUGUUCCUGAACUCCAGGUGACCUACAGCGUGGAUGCGGUUAGGCAGGCCAUAGCUGACAGCUGGCCAAUGAACUUUGAUGACAGCAAUGCCCGGAAAGACUGGGGAUGGAAACAUGAUUACGACCUCCCUGAGCUGGUGACUACAAUGUUUAGCUUCCUUGGGUCUGACUCCAGGAUUGCUCAAGCUAACUGA